UGGAUCAAAUGCAAACAUGCGAAUCCUGAACUGAACAAUCGCCAUUGUCCUCUCUACUCCAGGUCCACAAUCACAUGACAUCUCAGGAACCUCUUAGGCAUCCCAUUGCGGUCCAACUGCCACACUGCGGUCAAACAGAGCAAACUUCUUCCCCGCCUGCCCAGCCGUCGGUAUUUGGAGACGAUUAUUCAUCUCUUUUGAAGUUGAUGAAAAUGAUGCCAUCCAGUCUUUUGUUUAGUUAUGUCACACUCGUACUAAACUAACUAGUUAUUCAUUAGUCAAUGGUCUAGUAUCAGAUGCUGACCAAUCCAGUCAGGCUCGUCAAUAUCAAUUAGUACAAAAGCUCUCGUGUCUCCACGGUAUCUCUGACAUUGUCACAUUGGUGUCAAUGAUCUAUAUUUCAUCAUGAGAAUUCUGUUCUUCUUUCUAUAACAUCAACACAUCAAUCAAUGGCAUCCCUCCUAACUAAUACCCUUCCCUGGCAUGAUGGCGAGAUACGAAUGCGCAAUUUGUUUCAUAUCCCUCCUCUCAGUAACCCCACAGUGCCUGCUCUAAGUUAUGGGGCAUCUUAUAUGCUCUUAAACUCGCCUUUGCUUGCUAUUGGUGCCGUUGAUCGAGAGGGACGACCUUGGACAACGCUUUGGGGUGGUGAAGUAGGCUUCGCCAAGCCAACUUCCCAAUCGAAGAUUGAGGUUAAGACUCCUGUUGACAUCAGACAUGACCCUCUAGCAGAUAUACUGCUACAUGACAACUCAGGGGAGUCCGGGCAGUUGGUUUCCGGCUUAGUUGUCGAUCUAGCGACCCGCAAAAGAGCAAAGCUUUUUGGGAGGAAAAUCAGUGGAUCGAUACAACUGGGCGAAAAGAGCCAGGCUGACUCCAGCGGGGUAGGGAUUGCGCAAUUACUUGUGCAAAUAGAAGCAAGUCUUGGCAAUUGCCCCAAGUAUAUAAAUAUUAGAAACAUUACUCCAACUCUGCCUACUCCAAGGCUCAUCUCCGAGUCCGCACAACUUCCUUCCAGUGCUUUGAAGCUCCUUGACCGUGCAGACACGCUGUUCAUAUCCUCACGACAUGGAGAUGUGGAUAUGGAUACCAACAUCCGUGGCGGACCUGCAGGCUUUGUCCGUGUUAUAUCCAAUGAACCCAAUGGAGCCGUAUUUGCUUACCCAGAAUAUUCCGGGAAUCGCCUGUACCAAACCUUAGGCAAUCUUCAAACAACGCCUUUAGCAGGUUUUGUCUUUCCGGAUUUUGAAACAGGAAAUGCAUUAUACCUCACCGGACAAACUGAGAUCUUCGUGGGGAAAGAGGCCGCCGCUCUCCUUCCACGAUCAAACCUGGCCGUGAGAGUGACUGUCACCGCAGCGCGGUAUGUAGAGAAAUCAUUAGCAUUUCGAGGCGUUGCAGGAGCAAAAUCUCCAUACAAUCCAAGUGUACGAUAUUUAGCCACAGAAAAGGCUAGCCCUGCUGCUAUAGGAGAUGAAAAGUCAUCUGUUACAGCUAUGUUGGUAAAGAAAGAAUUACUUACCCCGACAAUAUGCCGGUUCCGUUUCCAAAUAUCAGAUCCGUCUAAGAUUGGGGCAUGGGUGCCUGGGCAAUAUGCUACCCUUUCAUUCCAAGAAGAGUUGGACAUGGGGUAUAGCCACAUGAAAGAUGACGAUCCAUCGAGUAUCAACGAUGACUAUGUCCGAACUUUCACAAUCUCAUCGUAUCCAGUACAUAACCGCUCUACAGAGUUUGAGAUAACUGCUCGGAAGCACGGUAAUGUAACCAAUUACCUUUUCAGAACCAACGAGCGAGCGGGUUUGGAGGUACCUUUGAAAGGCUUCGGCGGUGACUUCUAUUUGAAAGCACCAAGCGAGCAUGACAAACUUCCUUUUAUCGCCGGGGGUAUCGGAAUUACGCCACUUCUCGCACAACUCCCAGGUAUUGGUAUAUGUCACUUACGUUUACUAUGGUCUAUUUCCAUUCGCGACCUCGGUCUGGUUUUGGAUACGUUCAAUCGAUUCCCUCGACUACCGCACGUCACAAGCCUUUUCAUAACUGGGCCUGAGCAACAGGAUGAGAAGGCUACUGAGCAACUGGCGUCAUUAGACGCAUCUGAAGCACGAGUUGAACGUCGCCGAAUGGAAGCCAAAGAUCUAGAUUUGUCCUGGGCAGAUGUGUGGUACUUCUGUGGUGGUCCUUCCUUGAAGAGUUCAGUGUUGAAUUGGCUUGUCGGGAAAGACAUAGUAUAUGAAGAUUUCAAUUAUUGAUAGCUAUAGUGAAAUUUUGUUGAAGGA